AUGACAGACACAGUCGACAGAAACAAGGCAGUCUAUAAGCUUGCUGCGCAGCCAUUCAUUCUGGAGCGCCAGGGAGAUUACGACGAAGCCAUUCAAAUUUACAAAACUGCCAUCGAGAUUUUGGACGAACUGACCAUGAGAUUCAAGAAGGGAAGCGAGAUCCGCAAAAUCAACAGAAAAAUGUUCGAGCGGCAGGUUCAAGUUCACCGUGAACGUCUAGCUUAUCUUGAAGGCUUGAAGCUCAAAGGCAGCUUUGAUGGCAUCAUACUCCCUCCCACCAUCCUGGAUGCAAUGGAAGAGGUGGAAAAGGAGAACGGAAAGACCUGGACAUUGACCCAGAUCCGCAAAGACCUCCAUGCUUUCCGAGGGGAUACUCCGAGUGACACACAACCAGAUCUAAGCAAUGCUCCCGCGCAUCUCCACCCAUUCCUCGGCACCGACUCCACCCAGAUUCCUUCCUUCUCAUUAACCCUUUCUCCCUCGGCACCAACGAUCACGUAUCGGAUUACCCGUUCAUCAGAACUCGUUGAUUUAGGCAUGCGCUCACACUGGUACUUUGUGAAAGACAUCACAAAUACACUCGUUUUAUAUGCCCUUCAAUUCAUCUGGAGUAACGAGAUGCCCAUAGUGGACACCGUUCUCCGGCGCGCAGGCGAGUUCCUGCCCCAAGUCGGAGCGACGAGCGUGAAGCUCCAAAAGAUGAAGGGCGGCAGCUUUCGGCUCAUCACGCGCACGAUCCCUAAUAUGGGAGCAAUUACCGAAAUUCCAGACGGAGAGAUGCAAAGGAAAGAUUGGUCGCCGCGGCGAUUCGAAUACGGAGGGCGGAACUUUGUCUGGAAGAACGCGGCUGCCGAGGGAAAGAAAGAGGGUGGUAUGUUUGGAAGUUUUGGAUUCGCUUGGGAGACAUUGUAUGAGACCAAACGUGUCUGGGCCAAGGCGGGAAGUCGGACAGGGAAGAAGGAGGAUGAGAUUGUUGGUCCUAGAUUGUGCUGGGGAGAGAAGAAGGGAGGGAAUGGUGCUGAUCAUAGUAUUCAUAUGGUUGGUGGGUUGGAUAUGUAUUUCCGAGAGCACUUGCUCGCAGUGCAGUUGUCUAGGAUGGCGCGUGUCCUCAAUCCUCCGCAGAAGGAUACUACAGGGAUUGAAGUUGCAGGCGCUGGUUUGGGUUUGCUUUCGAUUGCAGCGUCUUUGGCAUGA